GGGUCUCUGCUACUUGCAUGGCAGCUGAGGGGAGAGCGGGUACUUAUCGUAGGAGGGGGAGAAGUUGCAUCAACCCGUCUUGCCAAAGUUCUUGAGGCCGAUGCCAAUGUGACGCUCGUUGCGCCCUCUGAGAGUCUUCAUCCCGAAAUUCGCUACCGUAUUUUCUCCGACCCGUUCACAAGUAAAAAGAUAACUUAUCACGACCGAAAUUUUAAUGGUGGUGGUGGCGGUGGUGAUCUCGAAGGUGUAGAUAUGGUCCUCACCGCUAUUGAUGACGUGGAAAUAUCGCGCUCCAUCUACGAACACGCUCAUGCUCGUAAGAUCCCUACGAACGUCGCCGAUAUUCCCCCUUCCUGCGACUUCUAUUUCGGUGCUCAAUUAAGAUCAGGACCUUUACAAGUGAUGGUCAGCACGAAUGGCAAGGGCCCAAAAAUCGCUAGCAUGGUUCGGGACAGCAUUCAGGGACACGUCGUUACUAUCAGUGGUUCUGGAGGUAUCGGCGAGAUUGUCGAGAAAGUGGGAAUGUUGCGUGAGCGCUUAAGGGAGCGCGCACCCGGAGUCGGAGGCGAGGUCAGCAAGAAACGCAUGAAAUGGAUGGUCGACUUGUGCAACACGUGGACCUUGGAGGAGCUGGGCCUUCUGGACGACCGUAUAAUGGACACGUUGCUUGAUGAAGGUUGGGAGAAA